AUGGUUGAUGUAGGAAAAGGCGAUGAUAAAACAAUGGUUGAUGUGGGAAAAGGCGAUGAUAAAACAAUUGUUGAUGUGGGAAACGGCGAUGAUAAAAUAAUGGUUGUUAUAAGAUACGGCGAUGAUAAAGCAAUGGUUGAUAUAAGAAACGACGAUGAUAAAACAAUGGUUGAUGUGGGAAACGGCGAUGAUAAAACAGUGGUUGAUAUAAGAAACGGCGUUGAUAAAACAAUGGUUGAUAUAAGAAACAGCGAUGAUAAAGCAAUGGUUAAUAUAAGAAACAGCGAUGAUAAAACAAAGGUUGAUGUGAGAAACGGCGAUGAUAAAACAAUGGUUGAUGUGGGAAACGGCGAUGAAAAAACAAUGGUUGUUGUAGAAAACAGCGAUGAUAACACAAUGGUUGUUAUAGGAAACGGCGAUGCUAAAACAAUGGUUGAUGUAGGAAAAGGCGAUGAUAAAACAAUGGUUGAUGUGGGAAAAGGCGAUGAUGAAACAAUAGUUGAUAUAAGAAAAGGCGUUGAUAAAACAAUUGUUGAUGUGGGAAACGGCGAUGAUAAAACAAUGGUUGAUAUAAGAAACGGCGAUGAUAAAACAAUGGUUGAUAUAAGAAACGGUGAUGAUAAAACAAUGGUUGAUGUAGGAAAAGGCGAUGAUAAAACAAUGGUUGAUAUAAGAAAAGGCGUUGAUAAAACAAUUGUUGAUGUGGGAAACGGCGAUGAUAAAACAAUGGUUGAUAUAAGAAACGGCGAUGAUAAAACAAUGGUUGAUAUAAGAAACGGUGAUGAUAAAACAAUGGUUGAUGUAGGAAAAGGCGAUGAUAAAACGAUGGUUGAUAUAGGAAAAGGCGAUGAUAAAACAAUUGUUGAUGUAGGAAACGGCGAUGAUAAAACAAUGGUUGAUGUGGGAAACGGCGAUGAUAAAACAAUGGUUGAUAUAAGAAACAGCGAUGAUAAAGCAAUGGUUGAUAUAAGAAACAGCGAUGAUAAAACAAAGGUUGAUGUGAGAAACGGCGAUGAUAAAACAAUGGUUGAUGUGGGAAACGGCGAUGAAAAAACAAUGGUUGAUGUGGGAAACGGCGAUGAUAAAACAAUGGUUGAUAUCGAAGACGACGACGUUAAAACAAUGAUUAAUAUAAGAAACGGCGUUGAUAAAACAAUGGUUGAUGUUGGAAACGGCGAUGAGAAAACAAUGGUUGAUAUAAGAAAGAGCAAUGAUAAAGCAAUGGUUGAUAUAAGAAACGGCGAUGAUAAAACAAUGGCUGAUAUAAGAAACGGCGUUGAUAAAACAAUUGUUGAUGUAGGAAAGGGCGAUGAUAAAGCAAUGGUUGAUAUAGGCAACGGCGAUGAUAAUGCUAUGGCUGCAAUUGAUGAAGGGUAG